CAUAAAAACCCCCGGCACUCUUCAGUCUGAUGUCCUGUUGCCUCACGAGCAUCUCCAAGCCUCCAGCUCUCCUUCUUUCCACAGCGAUAAAGAACAGAACAAGACCAACCAUGAGCCACUCUUCAAUGCAUACCUCCACUUCCUACAGGCGCACCUUUGGAAGCCCACACCCCAUCCCCAUGUCCUCUUACUCCCCUGUGUCCUCCCGAAUGCCUAUUUCUGGAGGACGCUAUAUGCGUUCAGUGUCACCUAUGGUUGCAUCUCGCUCCACCACCUACCAACAACAGCGUUCCCGCCCCACCACCCAAACCUCUCACAUCUCCUACGAGAAGGUGGACUUCGGCCAGGCUGAAGCCAUCAACCAGGAGUUCCUGACCACCCGCAGUAAUGAGAAGGCUGAGCUGCAGGAGCUCAACGACCGCUUUGCCAGCUUCAUCGAGAAGGUACGUUACCUGGAACAGCAGAAUGGUGCACUGCAGCAGGAGCUCAACCAGUUCAAGGGCCAGCAGCAGCAUGGUCAGCCCAACCGCGCCACUGACAUGUUCCAGGAGGAGCUGAGGGAGAUGCGGCGUCAAAUGGACGCCAUCGGAAAGGAGAGAGACCAGUACCAACUGGAGAGGGACAACCUGGCUGAAGACCUGGGCCUGAUCAAGCAGAGGUUGGAGGAAGAAACCCAGAAGAGGGCGGAUGCUGAGAAUAACCUGGUUGCCUUCCGUAAGGAUGUGGACGAUGCCACACUGUCCCGUUUGGAGCUGGAGAGGAAGAUUGAGUCUCUGAUGGAUGAGAUUGAAUUCCUUAAGAAGCUCCAUGAUGAAGAAAUCCAGGAAGUACAAGUGAGUGUCCAGACCCAGCAGCUGAAGAUGGAGGUGGACAGCAGCGCUAGGCCCGACCUAACUGGUGCUCUUAGGGACAUCAGGGCCCAGUAUGAGACCAUUGCCCUAAAGAACAUGCAGGAGUCUGAGGAAUGGUACAAGUCCAAGUUUGCUGAUUUGACUGAAUCUGCAAAGCGCAACACUGAUUCUCUGAGGCAGGCCAAGCAGGAGGCCAAUGAGUCCAGGAGGCAGAUUCAGUCUCUCAACUGUGAAAUUGAUGCACUGAAGAACACUAAUGAAGCUCUGCUGAGGCAGAUGCGUGAAAUGGAGGACCAGUUUGGUAAUGAGAUUGGCAACUACCAGGAUAAUGUAGGCAGACUGGAGGAUGAGAUCCGCCACCUGAAGGACGAGAUGGCUCGCCAUCUUCGGGAGUACCAGGACCUCCUCAAUGUUAAAAUGGCUCUGGACAUCGAGAUUGCUACUUAUCGUAAGCUGCUGGAGGGGGAGGAGAGCAGGAUUACUGUUCCCAUCCUCAAUCUUGGCAUGAGCAAUCACUUUGGUGAGCGAGAAUAUGAACAAACUCCAAGCAGCAUGAGCAAGAAGACUGUGGUCAUAAAGACCGUUGAGACUAGAGAUGGAGAGGUGGUGAAGGAAUCCAGGAGGGAGAAGGAGAGAGACUCAGACCGCUCUGGUAUAACCGAUAAGGACGACAAGGACGAGUAGAUAAAACCUGAUUAGAAAAUGUGAAGGCCAGAGCCAUGAGGGAAAAAAUACAUAAAGAAAAAAAACUGGAAAAAAAACAAAAACAAACUCUGAUCUAUAUAGUCCUCAUUCCCAAUAGUUAUGUGUUUUAUUGUCUAGCAAAGGGUCUCUCAGUAUAGGUGCAAUGUUGAAUGAAUUCCCUUAGACAGUGUCACUUUGGUGCUAUUUAAGCAACUCAACUUUUGCUAAACACUUGUUGUGUCAUCUGUAGGGCUAAGCAAAACCACUUUAUUAACAUACCACUUGAGGCCUUGAUUUACAGUGCAAUCCCGUGAAACCCUUAGACGACCACUCGUUUGUAGCAGAAUAUUAAACUACAGUCUAAAAUAGGCAGUUUAACUGCAGGAGUUCAGUAGUUUGUGUUGUAGAUAUGACUUACUAACAAAACUUCAGACACUGCCCUUUGGUCAACCUACCUUAAAACACAAACUGAGAAUAAAUUAUCCCAUUUGCAUUUGUUUUAGAAGCUUUGCUAUCCUCUUAUUGUGCAAACCAACAAAACACCCAAGAUCUGGAUAAUUAAUAAACAUGUAAUGCACAGGAGAUGUUGACAUUGACAAUAUGAUAGUCACCAACUGAAAAGACUUGCUGAAUGUGCUUCGCAAUGCUGUGUGUAUCUGACACAAUUGAUGAAUGAAUAUGUAAGUGCAAAUAAAAUUAAUUGGAGCAAA